CAGAUUCAUUGAGUCGGAGUCGUAGUGUUGUGGAGGAAUCCAAGCGAUACGGACGUGUCUCCAAUCUUUUCUUCAGAGUCACAUCCUUUCAUUCUGAAGCAAAGGGGUGCUAUUUUGCAAGAGAAUAGCUGGAAAUUGUGUGAUUAUUGUGUGUGUGGCCCAGCUGAGCUAUGAAUGGGUUAAUAAUCAAGGGAGAGCUUGGAUUGUGAUAUGAAUAAAGUGACAUACUUGUUAACAUGACGUAAGGAGCUUGUCUCAAAGAGGGUCUAUGCCACUUUCCCUUCUUGCGAUGAAAGCACCGGACGGCUUUGUGAUCAUCAGCACGGUUUGUUAGACCGCAAUUCAUACUUUCUUGUCCACCUUUCCUCAAACUUUUCAACCAACAGGGACCAACGAUUGAUCCAAUGUUGUAUACAUACUGAUAUUCAUUUAGUGAUCGCAAACAUAACAAGGUGAAUUAGAUAGGCCGCCGUGUAUAAUGCAUCAGAGGGUAAUUUAUUUACACUUUUCUAUAUAUUCGGUUCCUCGAUGAUUUGAGCCCGUUGAGAGGGGAGGCUGUUUUAGCGAUCAAGCCUUUACCCCACCUGUCAACAGCAAGAGAAUAUGGAGUGAUAUUUUCAACAGACACGGGAAACAGGAAUCAAUGUGCGAACUGAAUCUUCGACACAGAGCGUAGAAAGAUGGACACCGCUUGUACAAACUGACAAAUGUAUCAGAUUCUCAACAAUGCGAGGAAUUAACCUGGACAUCAGCUUAGCAAACCAAAUCGGCUCAGGAGAUGAUGUUAAGAGGUAGACAUAUGGAAUCCAUACAUCCCCGUUUUUACUAGCACUUCUCUUGCAAUAAACUGACUUCAGUAAAUUUGUGUGAUCGAGACUAACUGUUUCUGCCAUUAUAUCUCAAAUACAUGUUAAAUGAAAGUGAAGCAUGCUGACAAUGACGAUGCAUCUGAAGACGGAUUUGUAUAGGCAUAUUGUCGACAUGGAACGAGACUUGUCACUAACAUGAUUAAGGCUACCCCCUACGGACCUUUCCGAAGUAAUCCUGAAUGAAAGAGUUUGUUUUGAUAGAAGAACAUUCGUGUAAGUUGUCCAUCAAAGAACGUUUUCAUCACUGAUUGACUUUCGGCCUCUCGUUCUCCAGCCCACCCUGUUUUGUUUGGAAAACACGUCUACCAUUUACAAACAUCCAACCAAAGAAAACAAAGUAUGUUCUAUCUUACAGAUGACAAGUUCAAUAACAGUUCCUUCUUUUGCGUGUGCGUCUACCUGAUGACAGUCAUGCUUGGGAUUUAUCUUUGAGGGCCUACUAGAGAAAAGAUUUACCUCUCAACUUCGAGAUAAUGUAGGGCAAGGUUUAUGCUAAUGGGUAAACAAACAUUUUGAUGUCAUCGAAUCAACGACGACGAAUUUCAGAUUCGGAUGCUUUCCGAGUUUGAAUUUGUUUGUAUCACAUAUUGAGUUAUUUCUCAAGUCGGGGAUAUCAUAAAUGCGUUGAGCCACUCACUUCGGACUCAGGAGAAGGGUAUGAAACUUUGUAAAUCGAUUCGGUUUGGACUUCUGUACUACUUAUCGUUUCACUAUGGAUAAUAUAGUCGUUGUAGGUGUGCGUCGAACAUCGGGAUUCUGUCAGGCUGUCAAACCAGGGCUACUGGCCCAGCGGGACAUUGCAUCCACGUGGAAACACGCUCUUCUUCUCGUCCUCGUUCUGGCAGGCACGGUGCAUAAUGCAGUGGCACAGACCGAGUGCUCUCCUGAAGAACAUCGUAUCCUCGAUAGUCCAUAUCGAAGUGUUGAGUACUCGGCUUCGGCAAUGACAAUUAAAUUAUGCGAUAAAUCAAUCGAAAGAGGCUGGUACCGAUUCACCAUUUACGGAAAAUCAGCAGAACUGCCUACCGAAUGUGUCCAGGUAAAUCAGUGUGGAACAGAAGCACCAAUCUGGUUAGAUACCAAGGGUGACAGCCUCCCACCUCCAGGAGAGAGUGCCCGACAUGCUGCAUGUGUUUCCUGGACUCCAUCUUCCACCCAGUCUUGCUGUUUCUUCAGCUUUCCCGUAACGGUGACCAACUGUGGUGAUUUCUUCGUCUAUCUUCUGCAGCCUGCCAGAGGAUGUAACAUGGCAUACUGUGCGAAAGAGGCUCGAGAAAAGUGUGGCCCAGGAGAACUUUCACCCGAUGGCUUCGAACCAUGCAGAGAGAGUUUUCCAACAAUCCUCGGCCUUCCUGAGAUUACGCCAACCCACUUUGAAGACAAAGUCCAACUUAGAUGUUCUUUUCGAGGGUUAGAGUCACGUGAGGGCUCAACAAAAAGUUACACGGUCACGUGGUUUAAGGCUGGACCAGACGAGAUGUAUCAUCAACUUACCACAAAUGACACAUUCGACAACUUUGCCUCCUUAGAACUCCGAAAACAUUUCUCAUUAGGGGAUAAAGUCAUUUGCACUGUGCAAGCAUUUUUCAAUGCAACCAGACAACUAAAGAGCCCGCCAAUAGAGAGUGAUCCAUUUCAUAUAACAAUAUCGGUAUCUCCGAAAAGAUUAGAGAUCGCAGAAGAUGGGCAGCGUCAUCUAGUGGCCUUUGAGAGUACAGUGCCUAUCCAUUGUGAUGAUCCUGAGCAAAGCUGUUCCGUUCUUAUACCUCUUUCGACCAUUAGUAAUGAUGCAGAAGUUGGAUACGACAUAGCUCUGUCGGAAUGUUUCGUCGAACUUCGGCCUCGAUCGUGUGGUACAACGGAAACCCGAUGUCGUCAAGCUUUCAUGUUCGUAACUGCAGUAACAGACUUUCAACAUGACGGACGGACAAGCAAUGAGAUCAUCACCGGUGACGUGGUUAGUUCGGAUCCGUUCUGGAGUGGCUUCAAUCCUAACGAUCUUGAGGUUAUAGUGAAUGAUAUCCCAACAGCACAGUGUUACUCUUUCACAGACCCACACUUCAUAACUUUUGAUAGAAAGAAAUAUGACUUCUACAAAACCGGAACGUUUGUUCUCUAUAAGAGUCUUAGGAGAGAGUUCGAGGUGCAUACCCGUAUCUGGAACUGCGGCGGUAUCUCGGAGCAGGUGUCCUGUAACUGUGGGUUCGUCGCCAAGGAAGACAAUGACGUCAUCUCGGUGGACAUGUGCGAUGGCAACGUGCUAGAAACCAGGGCGGAAGUAAGGGUCAGGAGCCCCCAGCCUCUGACGGACGGGGUCAAAAUUAAGCAGGCCAAAAACGGAACCAAAAUUACCGUUGAAUUUUCAUCAGGGGCCUUCAUUCGAGCUGAUAUCUCCGACUGGGGCAUGAGUAUCACUGUUCAAGCGCCCUCUCUUGACUUUAAUCGUACAGUUGGUCUUUGUGGAACAUUUGAUGGUAAUCCUGACAAUGAGUUUCAUGAUAAACAGGGCAGAGAUCUGGAUUUGGCCAUGAGGUAUGGGCAGGCAAACGAAUUUGUGGAGUUAUGGAGACUGCGUGAUGGGGGUAUGUUCAAUAGAAUACCCCUACCAGUGCCUUAUGAGCUUCGUCUUCCAGCGUGUUCGUGUCUUUCUCCUGUAGUUCCUCCAAGGGGUGAUUUAUAUCCAAUCCAGAGUCUUGGCUGCCUGGGUGAGACGUCCUGUAGACCUCGAUGUACACGAUUUGAAGACGUAUACAGGAAAGAAUUAGUUCAAUCAAAUGACGUCACAUCCGUGUAUUCGAACAUCAUAUCAAAUAAUCCUUUUGGGAGAAGGCGAAAGAGGAGUGCAUCUGAUGAUAGGACUAAGCGGCAACUUAACCCGCCACCAAGCGAUACAUCAUUGGACCAAACAGCCCUGCGGGAUUUCUUUAAUCUCUUUGAUCUAGACAUUCCUGUGGGUUUAUUUGAUGACACGGGGCCGGUUGGACCAAGUGUUCAGAGCUCUUACUUCUUCCUACCAGAUCACAGACCGAGUGACCUGAGACCUUUAAGAGCCACCUGGCCGACACCAAGUGGUAUAUCCUACGAACAAGCAAGGGAGUUCUGCUUCCAGACUGUCGCCAACACCACACUAGCUAAUGCAUGUGGCGAGAGUGGCUUGAGGACUAACAUGUACAUCGAUGAUGCCGUUGAGAUGUGCCUCAGUGAUGUGCAGUUAACUGAGGAUUUGACCUGGGCGUCGCAGACAUUGCCUUUGGUUGAGAACCAAUGUGAGGCGGCCUAUGUGUCCAAUAGAACGUUGUGGAGACCUGAUAUUAGCUCUGGGAAUGAGCUAGGAGAAGUUGUUCCGCCCGAAGGAGUGUUGAGGGCGCUUAACUGUCCCAAUGAUUGUAAUGGACAUGGUGUAUGUACCAAACAGGGAUGUAUAUGUGAAGACAAGUAUGAACCACCAGACUGCAGUUGGAAAGAUGAUGCUAUUCCCUAUAUUGUGAGGUUAGAGAACAAUGGGUUAUGUGACCGAGAAACCCAAAGAUGUGAUACAGUUAGGAUAACAGCAAGAGAAUAUAGAGAAGGAAAGACCAUUACAUGCCUCUUCUCUUUAUCAAAGGACGGAAUAAACGAUGUGUCGUCAGUUAUCUACGCUCAGUCCAUCGCAAUCAGAAUCAAUAGAAAAACAGUAUUGUGCAAUGUACCGAUAAUAGAAGGAGCUGCAAACGAAGAUGCUACGAUGAGAUGGGAAGUUCAGGUGAUGUAUUCUGAUUCGUCUCCUAGUAACACAAUGACAUUGAUUCACUAUGAUUCAAAAUGUCAUAUAUGUACUUGGAUUGGAGCUUGUACAACAAAGGAGAAUGCCUGUGUGAUUGAAAGACGAUGUUACUCCGCUGGUCAGCAUAAUGAGAGGGAUUCUUGUCAGCAAUGUCGACCAUUGGUCAGCAGACACGAGUGGUCAAUAUCAGAAGACAAUGUACCUCCAGUUCUUGGUGUAGAUACUCAGUUCGUCACAUUCACUGGCCGUGCUUUCACUCAUCAGCUGGACGCUAUAGACCCUGAUAGUACAACGGGGGUAGGGGUUGAAUUCUCAGUACAAACCCAGGUCUCUGACGAUCUAUACCACGUCAAUAUCUCACGAUUCGGCCAUCUGUAUUGGUUGUCGAACGUAGAGGGCGACUACACGGUUCCGGUGAGGUUGACUGACGAGUGCGGAUCGAGUGUUGCAUUUGAGAUGGAGGUCACAGUAUUGGCUUGUCGUUGUCGAAACGGGGGAGAAUGUUUACUAGACUCGAGAUCAGGCUUUCCGGUGAAUAGUCGUCAGUACUCGUGUUCAUGCCCAUCCCCUUAUACUGGAGAGUACUGUGAUAUUAAUAUGGCGCCUGGUACAGGAAGCUGUACGUCUAAUCCCUGCAUGCACGGUCAAUGUCAGGACAGCAUUCAUGGUUUUACUUGUGAUUGUGAGACAGGCUAUACAGGUUUAACAUGUUCUAUCAUGAAGAAUGUUUGUGAUAACAACCCCUGUUUUGAAGGCGUGGAAUGCACUGUUCGUGGAUUGGGGUCGUUUUCAUGCGGGAGUUGCCCAGAAAAUUACUAUGGGGAUGGUAUUACUUGCAAAGCAUCAAAAUGCAAAGUCCCAUGUCCCAAGAAUAUGAUAUGCGACCCCAACGUUGGAUGUGUGUGUAAGGAUGGCUAUCAUGGUUAUGCGUGUUUCAGACCCAUGUGUAACCCUCCUUGUCUUAAUAAUGGUCGAUGUGUUCAGCCUAAUACAUGUGCUUGUCCAGUAGGAUAUACGGGCCAAUAUUGUCAGCGAGGGCAAUGUUCUCCUGUCUGUCAGAACAAUGGCCGAUGUAUGUCUCACAAUCGAUGUCAUUGCUGGCCGGGAUUUACAGGAAGCAGAUGUGAAAUUAUGUCUUGUAAUGUGAACUGUAUGAAUGGUGGAUAUUGCGUCACCCCUGACCGAUGUAUAUGUCGAGGAGGAUACUCUGGACCAGCUUGCCAAACCCCUGUAUGUUCACCAAUGUGUCGUAACGGAGGAAGAUGUGUAAGCCCGGGUCUAUGUGUAUGUCCACGAGGUUUCCAGGGGCAAUAUUGCCAAAGAGCAAUGUGUUCUCUACCUUGCCGUAACGGUGGUGUAUGCGUGAGGAAGGAUAUGUGUUCCUGUCCUAGAGGAUAUACAGGAAGAAUGUGCGAAAGAGCUAUUUGUGAGCCACGAUGUCAAAAUGGCGGCCGAUGUGUAUCUCCUGGUUGGUGUUCAUGUCCGUCUGGAUACAGAGGAAGAAAAUGUCAUAAAGCUAUUUGUCCUUCUGGUUGUCGAAAUGGUGGAGAAUGUGUGGAACCUAAUGUAUGUAUGUGUAUAGCUGGUUAUGGCGGCUCUAGUUGUGAAAACCCUAUCUGCAAUAAGCCGUGUAUGUACGGAGGCAAAUGCAUCAAACCAGAUACAUGUUUAUGUAGGAGGGGAUACAAAGGAAAACAGUGUGAGAACAACAGGUUACCGCAUAGAAGAUAUAGGAGAGACGAAGAAGACGUGUUAUAAAUAUCAUGGAGUUUAUCAAGAUAUUAUGCAGCCAAAGUCAUUCAUAUUCUGCAAUGUUUAAUUUGAAUGGUUAACUAAUUCACAUACUUAAUAUAUUCAUAUUUCAUGGUUCUUUUCUAAUCCAGUUAAUAUUUGUAUAUGAGGGAGCAACGGGUGUAUUUAUUUGCACAUGAAGGUAAUGACGUCCGCAUUGAUUACAUAUGUCCAGUAUUUUGUUGCGUGAAUGCACACACGGCUCACAAUAUUUGCUGUUGAAAAAAUACCACUAAACUUGAAAAUUUUCUUUCAUUGAUUUCCCGAGCCCUAUCUUAGAUCAAAAAAGGAAAAAAAAUAUCCUUUCUAAGAGUUAAGCGACUUUCUAUCGCAAUAUUGAAUAUUAAAUUAAUUAUCAAUUCCAUAACUUAAAUCAUUAACAUUGUAGGGUUGACAUUGCACUAUCUUUGGACAAUUUUUUUGAAAUUUGGCCCAUGACACUGGCUGUAUAACAUACAGUCUGGAAAACACUUAAAAUAAAUACUGUAUUAUGUUUUAUCUUUAUCUUAAUGAUUAUGAUUAUUAUCAUUGUUAUCAUUAUUAUUAAUAUUAUUGCUAUUAUCAUCAUUAUUAUCAUUAAAUGUAACCCGGUUUUCAAUACAGCCUUCCAUUAAAUGGUCAAUGUGUAUAGUAAUUUCCAUUUUUUGCAAUUGAUUUAGUCUGUGGGAGACUACAUCUCCGUGAUUUGGUGCUUUAUCGUUAUGUUUACGUUUUUUGUAAAUAAAAUCAGUAUUGCCGAUAUCCGAUUUCCAGUACUAAAUGUCUUCUGCUUUUUUUUACUUUUUAUUCGAACAUUUUUAAAGCAAUGUCGGUUUCGUUAUUUUGUUUUCAAAUUGACAGUACAUUGUCAAUUGAGAAGAAUGAUCAAUCGAUCAAUUAUAAAAAGUGCUUAUAGUUCAUACGAGAUCAUAGUCGUAUUGUAUAGUUGUUUCUUUCAAGCUCAAACAAAUUAUGCUGCGGAUACAGGAUGGUUUUUUAAAAAAAUAUAUAUUUGUCGAUUAUUUUUAUUUCAUUUUUAUCUUGUGACAGAGCUGUAUUCAGUAUUUUAUAUUGAUGUAUAAGCAUAUUUGCAUAUAUUAUGUAAUAAGUAAGUCUAAUUUGUAGAGUUUUUUUGUGGAUUUGACCCUUAAUGAGAGAAAUAAGAGACUAAAACUUGAGAUGAUCGACUGCAAUUGAAAUUCAAAUUCCAGAAUAGUUCAGAGUUAUUACAAAGUUCAAAUCUUGAUGGAUAUGAGUUGCCAUGUUUGGGAGAGAAUUCAGGUCAAAUGUACCACUAAACAUUGAUUGUCUUCCAUUUUUUACAUCCACAGCUUAAUUUCACCUUGUGCCCAAUUGUUGCGAUCGAUAUUUUAAAAUUCAAGUGUGUGUCGUAUUUAUAUUGCAAACAUGUUUUUUAAAAGACCAUUGGCAUUGUACACAUUUCGCAUUUAUCAUGUUUAUAAGUUUCAUACGUUGAAUAGCAUCGUCGAUUGUACUUUUCUUUUCCUCGUACCUAUUUUACGGUAGAUAUAGCAUGCUCAUGUAACGUUGGUAAGGUUAUUCUAGCUCGAAACGACUGUGUCUUUCGUACAUUGUACGUUGUCUAUUUAUACUGUUCAUAUUCUAAGUUGUCUUAUAAUUUAUCAUGCCAAAAUGAGUAUUAAAUGCAAACAUGUAAUAAGUGAUUUUAUUGGUAUUCAUUGUACCCUCUAUUUCUAAACUCCUCAAAAAAGUUAUGCGAGUCUGUUUUGAAGGAUGAUAUUUUUGUUACCAAGGUUACUGAACUGUGAAAAAGUUGUGUCAUUGGAAAGCUUUUUUU